AUGGGUCUGAAAAUCGGGGGGCAAGUAGAGAAGGUGAAUGGGAAGGAACUGAGUUACAGCGAAUUCGUAGAGAGAUACAUGGUGAAAAACCAACCGGUUGUUCUGACUGGUUUAAUGGAUGGCUGGAGGGCUUGCAAAGAUUGGGUAUUGAACGAUGGACGCCCCAAUCUUCGAUUCUUUUCUGCCAAUUUUGGAAGUUCCAGAGUUCAGGCCAGUUUUGGGCAUUUGAACCACCCCCACGUUCAAGUUCAGAAGGAACAAAAUCAAACCUUGAGAAUGGGUCUGAAAAUCGGGGGGCAAGUAGAGAAGGUGAAUGGGAAGGAACUGAGUUACAGCGAAUUCGUAGAGAGAUACAUGGUGAAAAACCAACCGGUUGUUCUGACUGGUUUAAUGGAUGGCUGGAGGGCUUGCAAAGAUUGGGUAUUGAACGAUGGACGCCCCAAUCUUCGAUUCUUUUCUGCCAAUUUUGGAAGUUCCAGAGUUCAGGUUGCUGACUGUGCUACUAGGGAGUUCACAGAUCAGAAAAGAGUAGAAAUGUCAGUUGCAGAGUUCAUUGACAACUGGCUUGAGGUUUCUUCUAUGGAUUAUGAUAAUGCUUCAACACGUGAGUGUGAUAUCAAGAAGUCCCCGUUGUAUUUGAAGGACUGGCAUUUUGUAAAGGAGUACCCAGAGUAUGUAGCAUACACAACUCCACUUUUUUUCUGCGAUGACUGGCUGAAUCUUUAUCUUGACAAGUACCGUAUGCAUCAGGAUUAUGAUUCUCUUGAAGAUAGAAAUGAAGUAUGUUGCUCCGACUAUCGUUUUGUAUACAUGGGAGCAAAAGGUUUGAGCAUAGAUGCGAUAAGCUCUUUCUUGUAA